UCUUACAGACAAAAACUUUCCCGCCAUGUUAAUUCUUUUGGGGGCACAAUCACAUAUUCACAGAAUUACUCACAUUGUUUCGCUUCAUAAAACCCUCUCUCUCUCUCUCUCUCUAAAUGCUCUGGUCUGUAAUCGAAGAUUAGAGGCAGUUUGGUAGUAGCUAAAUAAAGCAUUUGGUCCCCAGCUCAAACCUGGUAUAGGUUGAGAAGCAACAUGGGGAUUCAGGGGCUGUUGCCGCUGCUGAAAUCGAUCAUGGUGCCAAUCCACAUCAAGGAAUUGGAGGGCUCUUGUGUUGCGGUCGACACCUAUUCUUGGCUCCACAAGGGUGCCUUGUCUUGCAGCAGAGAGCUCUGCAAAGGCCUACCCACCACCAGGCACGUUGAAUAUUGCAUGCAUAGAGUGAACCUGCUACGAAAUUGUGGAGUUAAACCUGUCCUUGUAUUCGAUGGAGGUCUUCUGCCAAUGAAGGGUGAACAAGAGAACAAGCGUGCUAGGAUGAGGAAGGCAAAUCUUGCACGUGCUAUUGAGCACGAGACUGAAGGAAAUUCUGCUGCUGCAUAUGAGUGCUACCAGAAAGCUGUUGAUAUUUCACCUCUGAUUGCACGCGAACUAAUCCAGGUGUUGAAACAGGAGAAUGUGUCUUAUGUUGUGGCCCCUUACGAGGCAGAUGCCCAAAUGACCUUCUUGGCAAUAAGCAAACAAGUUGCAGCAGUUAUCACUGAGGAUUCAGAUCUUAUACCAUUCGGUUGUCCCAGAAUUAUCUUUAAAAUGGACAAGUUUGGGCAAGGUGUUGAGUUUCAAUAUUCCAUGCUACAACAGAACAAGGAUCUCAGUUUUGCAGGUUUCACUAAGCAGAUGCUUCUUCAGAUGUGUAUUUUGAGUGGAUGUGACUACUUGCAGUCAUUGCCAGGAAUGGGCCUGAAAAGGGCUCAUGCAUUAAUUAAAAAGUUCAAAAGUUACGACAAGGUAAUUAAGCACUUGAGGUACAGCACUGUUUCUGUCCCUCCAUUAUAUGAAGAAUCAUUCAAGAAAGCAAUAUUGACUUUCCAGCAUCAACGGGUUUAUGAUCCUAUCAAUGAAGAAAUUGUACAUUUGUCCGACAUAUCUGAUAAUGUUGGAGAUGAUUUGGACUUCCUAGGCCCAUUGAUAUCACAACAUACAGCGAAAGGCAUAGCAGAAGGUGAUCUUGAUCCAUUUACCAAAAUGCAGUUUCAGGGAGAGAAUGUGAGUGCUGACAUGGUGCUUUACAAAACAUCCCAACUUAAACAAUUUAAUCCUGAUAGCGUGAGGAAAAAGCUAGAUUUGCCGGUUCAGAAGAAUCUCUUGACUAAGUAUUUCUGCUUUGCAUCCCUUGAAGCAAAGAGAAAAUUCAGGGCCCCUCGAACAUCACCUAAUCAUCCAAUUCCAGAGGAUAACUCUCCUCUUGUUUCCAAGGAAAUUAUCACGUUGGAGGCUGCUGCAUGUAAAACGAACUGCUUGCCAGCAUCCCUGAUUGACUCUGAAAACAUUGGCACUGUUUCUCCUGCUGACAACCCUGUAGAAGAUGGCUUUGUCACUGAAAUUCCAGAAUUUUCAGAAUCUCCAACCCUUGAUAUGGUGUCUGAGACAAGAAGUCCAGAACAAACUCCUCAGCAACCCAGGUAUUCAAUUCAUAAACCUUGUACAACAUUGCAUAAGGAGCAUGAAUGUAAGAAUGUUCCGGAUGCAGUUGAGGGCGAAACAAAGACAGGUACAAGAAAGGUCAUCAUAAGAAGUUCUUACUUUCAGCAUAAGUCUGAAAACCAGAAGGACGUGAACAAUAAACAAGAGAAGGUCAAGGCUGAUGAUGUCGUUGAUAUAUAUGAGAAUACCAUACCCGGGGAUGCUUCUUUCAGAAAUAAUUAUCUUAAGGACAAAGUCAUGAAAAGGAAGACCUCGUCAAAUGACUCUUCUCAAAAAGAAAAUGUGCAACCGAAGCAAAGGCGUACAGAUGCACCUCUUCCCGAUAAUGGUCACUCUGUUCCUGACUUCAACAAAACAUCUACAGAGACAAAAGCUGAAGAAGGAAAAUUUGGAUCUAACAUUUCCCAUUUAAGCCGUUAUUCUGAAAUAGCAGAAAAAUCAAUGGAAAAAUUUGUUUCAGUAAUAUCAUCAUUUAGAUGCUCGUCAUCUGGUUCUCGUGCCAGCGGUCUCCGUGCUCCUCUGAAAGAUGUUCGAAAUACUUGUACCAAAAGUGCACUUUCAUUGAAGGCCAACCAUUGGCAUGGACUUUAGCCAAUUUGCAUAUGUACCAAAGACCCAGAAAACUGAAAUAGCAUCUCGCAGAGAUUGAAUUUGGAUUGUAUUUUGCAUAAUUUUUUCGGGCAGGAUCCAUCUCAGUUGCAACAGGGCUCACUUGCCACAGGGACUUGUUUUAGAUUACUGGAGGCCUUUGCUUACACUGCCACCUGCCUGAUCAUCAAUGUGUUUGUGUUUUUUUUUAAUCAUAUUUCUGUAAUUUUAGACGUUUCUCUUGUUCUUGGGCUAUAAUUUGUGCAAAAUUCUUUCUGGUUGAAACAAAUACAAAAUGAAGUUGAUUUC